AUGGAUGGUACUAUUCAUACGGCUAGUGUAAAUGGUUUAAGUUCAACUGUAGUACCUAUUACUAAUCAUAAAAAAAAUUCAAAUGAAACAAUAACAUAUGAUGAUCGAAUAGAUACAGGAAAUGAAACAGAUAAUGCAGAUUCACAAUCAACUAAUCGCAAAAUCUUUGGUUCACAUGGACAAGAAUUAUUACCUAGUGGUUUACAUGUUCUUAAACAAACGGCAUCAGUUGUUGAACUUGUUAUGCUUUUAUGUUCACAAGAAUGGCAAAAUUCUCUUCAAAAACAUGCUGGUUUAGCUUUUAUUGAAUUAGUUACUGAAGGACGUUUAUUAUCACAUGCAAGUAAAGAUCAUGUUGUUAAAGUAGCUAAUGAAGCAGAUUUUAUUCUUAAUCGUAUGCGUGCUGAUGAUAUACGUAAAGCAAGUGAAUUUGAACAAUUAUCAGCACAAACAACUGUUGAACGUAAAUCUGAAGAACAAUUAUGUGAACAUUUUAUAACAGCAGCACGUCAACGACAUCAAGUUAUAGCAUCACGUUUACAAGAAAAAUUUUUAGCUAUGAUGAUAAAUGAUAAAACAGCUUAUUUAAAUAGUUCACGCCCAUUUUGGAAAUUAGAUCCAUGGGAAGAUGAUUUAAGACGCCGACGACGUUUAAUACGUAAUCCACAUGGUUCCGUACAUAAUGAAGCAACACAAAAAUUAUCAUUUAAUGGUAUUAAUGAAGAUUUAAGAACAUCUGUGAUUCAAGAAGAAAAUUUAUUAAAACAUUUAAAACAACAAAAAAUACAAAAUUUUAAUCAACCAAUAACUGAUGAAGAUGAAAUAUUACAAGUUGAUGAAAAAGAUCUUGAUCAAGAUUUUUCAGGACCAAUACGUUUUUCAACAGAUUGUUCAUUAAUAUGUGGUACAGCUGUUAUGCAUGGCACUUUAGCUAUGACACAUAAUGCUAUGUUAUUUGAUGCAGAUGAAUAUGAUGAUAGUUUUACAAAACUUGAUUCAAAAAUGUUUCCUUAUGUUGAUAAUAUUCAUGGAAAAUGGCAUUUUAAUGAAAUACGAGCUAUAUUUUCAAGAAGAUAUCUUUUACAAGAUAAAGCAUUAGAAAUAUUUGUCUCGAAUAGAACAAGUGUCAUGUUUGCAUUUACUGAUCGUUCAAUUGUAAAAAAAGUUGUUAACUUUUUACCUCGAGUUGGUGUUGGUGGUCGUUAUGGAUUACCACAACAACGACGAACAUCAUUAGCAUCACCAAAACAAUUAUUUCGUUCAGCAAAUAUGACUCAACGAUGGCAAAGACGAGAAAUUUCAAAUUUUGAAUAUCUGAUGUAUCUCAAUACAAUCUCAGGUCGAACAUAUCAAGAUUUAAAUCAAUAUCCAGUAUUUCCAUGGGUUAUAGCUGAUUAUGAAAGUGAAAAACUUGAUAUAAAUUCUCCAUCAACUUAUCGAGAUUUAUCAAAACCUAUUGGUGCAUUAAAUCCUACAAGAAAAUCAUUUUUUAUUGAACGUUAUAAUAAUUGGGAGUCUGAUACAAUUCCACCAUUUCAUUAUGGUACACAUUAUUCAACAGCUGCAUUUACACUUGGUUGGCUUAUUCGACUUGAACCAUUUACAACAUUUUAUUUAAAUUUACAAGAAGGAAAAUUUGAUCAUGCUAAUCGAUUAUUUCAUUCGAUUCCUUUAUCAUGGCAAAAUUGUCAACGUGAUUCAUCGGAUGUUAAAGAAUUAAUUCCUGAAUUUUUUUCAUUACCUGAAAUGUUAACAAAUUGUAAUCAUUAUAAAUUAGGUCGAACUGAAGAUGGAAUUAAAGUUGAUGAUGUUAUUUUACCUAAAUGGGCACAAACACCAGAAGAUUUUAUUCGAAUUAAUCGAACGGCUUUGGAAUCUGAAUUUGUUUCAUGUCAUUUACAUCAUUGGAUUGAUUUAAUAUUUGGUUAUAAACAAAGAGGACCUGAAGCUAUUCGUGCUGUUAAUGUUUUUUAUUAUUUAACAUAUGAAGGUACAGUUAAUCUUGAUUCAAUAACAAAUCCAACAGAUCGUGCUGCUAUUGAAACACAAGUAAGAAAUUUUGGUCAAGCACCAUCACAACUUUUAACUGAACCACAUCCACCAAGAAAUUCAGCAAUGAAUUUAACUCCAAUGAUGUAUAAUGUUACACCAGAAGAUGUAUCAAUGAUAAUGAAAUUUUCAUCAAAUGCACCAAUUAUUCAUGUUUCUGCUAAUACAAGUCCAACACUUUCGGUACAAGCUGUUGUUACAAUUAGUAAUAAACAUGAUUUCUCUAUAAAUAAAUAUCAUCCAAAUGCUGGUACAUCAACACAAGCUUAUCCAGAAUCACCACAAGCACCAAUGCAUCAACAAACACAAUUACCAUUAAGCAUGGAUUCGAUUUUAGUAUCAAAUAUAAACUUAAGUCGUCGUCAUUUGGGUGAUAAUUUUGAUGAACGUAUUCAACGACGACAUCAAAGUUUUGUUGUUACUGCCGAUAAUCGUUAUAUAAUUUCAACUGGUUAUUGGGAUAAAAGUUUUCGUGUACAAAAUACCGAUACGGCUAAAAUUACACAAGUACUCUAUGGUCAUUUUGAUAUUGUUACAUGUGUAUGUCGUUCGGAAAUAACUGUCUCUGGAAAUUGUUUUCUUGCAACUGGUUCACGUGAUUGCACAGUUUGUAUUUGGAUAUGGAAUGGAACAAAAGGUGCAAUUGUUGAUCGUGAAUAUCCAAAUCAAGAUGUCAAUCCAUCACCAGCAGCAAUUUUAACUGGUCAUGAUACAGAAAUAACAUGUUUAUGGAUAUCAGCUGAACUUGGUAUUGUUUUAAGUGGUAGUGAACAAAGUCUUGUACUUCAACAUACACUUAAUGGUGAUAUAUUACGUUCAUUUGAAAAUCCAUCAAAAAUGUCUACGCCACGUCUUUUAUCACCAUCAACUGAUGGUGAUAUUAUUGUUUGUUAUGAUCGUUCAAAAUUAUGUUUAUAUACAUUAAAUGGCAAAUUAAUGAGACAAGCAAUAUUUGAAGAUGAAACUAUUCAAUGUAUGGUGUUAAAUGUUGAUAGUCAAUAUACGGUUAUUGGUGGUGAUCGAGGUUUCGUACAAAUCAUUCGAACACAUGAUUUACAACCUGUUUAUGCUUAUCCACAAUGUGAUGCUAGUAUUCGUUCAUUAGCAAUAACGCAUGAUCAAAAAUAUAUCAUGGCAGGUCUUUCUACAGGUUGUUUGAUUGUAUUUAAUGUUAAUUUUAAUGUUCUUAAUCAACCUCGGCGCGAAUCUGGAACACCUACUGCAAGUGAUCAAAAUAAACAAUACGUCCUUGUACCAGGUGGUGCUGGCUUUAUUGGUAGUCAUUGUAUUAUUGAACUGAUUUCAGCUGGUUAUGCACCAAUUGUAGUAGAUAACGAAUGUAAUUCAUCGACAGAAUGUUUAAAGCGAGUAGAACAAAUUACUGGAUGUCAAAUAAUCAACUAUAAAAUUGAUUGUCUUGACCUUGACGGUUUACGAGAUGUUUUUAAAAAAUAUUCAAUUUAUGCAAUAAUCAAUUGUGCUGCACUUAAAUCAGUUGGUGAAUCGGUACAAAAACCAAUUUUAUAUUAUAAAAAUAAUAUUGGUUGUUUACUCAAUUUACUUACAUGUAUGGAAGAAUUUAAUGUUAAAAAUUUUCUUUUUUCAUCAUCAGCUACUGUUUAUGGUACACCAAAAUAUUUACCACUUGAUGAAAAACAUCCAUGUAUUGGUGAUGCUAUUACUAAUCCAUAUGGUAAAAGUAAAUAUAUAUGUGAACAUAUUCUUAAAGAUACAAUGGUUGCUCAUCCGGAAUGGAAUAUAAUUCUUUUACGUUACUUUAAUCCUGUUGGCGCCCAUAAAACUGGUUUAAUCGGCGAAAAUCCUAUUGGUAAACCAAAUAAUCUUAUGCCAUAUAUUGCACAAGUAGCUGUUGGUCGUUUACCAUAUGUUAAUAUUUUUGGUACUGAUUAUGAUACUCCAGAUGGUACAGGUGUUCGAGAUUAUAUACAUGUGAUUGAUGUGGCUAUAGGUCAUAUUGCAGCAAUGAAACAAUUUGAAAUAAAUUGUGGUUUAAAAAUUUAUAAUCUUGGUACUGGUAAAGGUUAUUCUGUAUUAGAAAUGAUUAAAGCAUUAGAAAAAGCAUCAGGCAAAACAAUACCUUAUAGAGAAUGUUCUCGACGUCCAGGUGAUCUUGCAACUGUUUAUGCUGAUCCAACGUUAGCAGUUCAAGAACUUGGAUGGACAGCUCAAAGAAAUUUAGAUGAAAUGUAAUGUCCAUUAGCAUGUCGAAAUUUCGUUCAAUUAUGUAUGGAUGGUUAUUAUGAUGGUACGAUUUUCCAUCGAGUUGUACCAAAUUUUAUUGCACAAGGUGGUGAUCCAACUGGAACAGGUGAAGGAGGUGAAUCAGCAACAGGUGGAUUUUUUCCAGAUGAAUUUCAUACACGUCUACGUUUUAAUCGUCGUGGUCUUGUUGGUAUGGUUAAUCAAGGACCAAAUACUAAUGCUAGUCAAUUCUUUUUUACCCUGGGUAGUACUCCGGAACUUGAUAAAAAGAAUACAUUGUUUGGCAAAGUUGUUGGAAAUACAUUAUUUAAUAUGUUGAAAUUAGGUGAAGGAGAAAUUAUUGGUGAAAUACCGGUACAUCAACAUAAAAUAAUCAAAGCAGAGAUUAUAUCAAAUCCAUUUGAUAAUAUGAUACCUCAACCUCGAGCUAAACCACAAAUAAUUGAUGAUGAUGAAACGAAUAAAAAAUCGAAAGAAACUGUACAUGCUAAAGCAAUCAAAAAUUAUGGUCUUCUUUCAUUUGGAAAUGAAGCUGAAGAAGAUGAAGAAGAAAUAACAAAAAUUUCAAUGACAUUUAAACAAAAAGGAACAGGAAAAAGUGCACAUGAUUUAACUGAUGAUUCAACAUUAAGUAAAAAUACAGUUCCAUUGGAUGAAAAUAAUGAAGAAAGUGAUGAAGAAUUACCUGUGGAAAAACAAAAUUCCAAAAUAAAAGAAAAAAGUGAUGCAGAUUUUGAUAAAGAAGAACUUGAUCGAGUACGAAAAAAAUUUAAUGAAAAAAAAAUAGCUAAACAAGAAAAGAAAAAAGCAGUUCAACUUGAUGUUGAUGAGGAUGAGGAUCAAAAAGAUAUUUCAUCAUCAAGAUCAAGUGAAAAUAUUAAAUUUGAAAUUGAACGAUUAAAAAAAGAAUUAAAACAAUCAAAAAAAUCGUCAGUACCUAGUAAUUUAGCAGAAGAUAUCGUCCAAGAAGAAACAGAACCUGUACCUUCUCCUAUUCAACCAAUUACUUCAAGUACUACUGCAUUAAUGGAUGAACUGAUGGCAGGUACAAGACGAAACACUAAAAAAAAUCAUAGCAGUCAUUCGAACUCAAGAGAAUCUCAAACACUUGAUCUAUUAGAAAAAUUUCGAGCAAAAAUUCAUUCUGCUACAAAUGAACCAACUAGUGAGCCUUUAAAUGAAACAACAUUAGAACAAAUAGCUGAUAAAGUUCAAGGCCCAUUUUUAAAACAUAGUUUUAUAUCUGAAGAACUUUUAGAUAAUGUUCAAGAUAUUUAUACCAAUGCUGAAUUAUUAACUGUUUAUGAUCCAAGAAAUCCGAUGACUAAGCGACGACGAGAUGAAAGUAGUAUGUUACUUCAUCAGAAAAAACAUAAAGGACGUACAUAG